AUGCGGCGCCUAAGUCGCCGCCUGGUGCUGCCGAUCUUUGGGGUGCUCUGGAUCACCGUGCUGCUGUUCUUCUGGGUAACCAAGAAGAAGUUGGAGGUGCCGACCGGACCCGAAGUGCAGACCCCCAAGAUUUCGGAUGGUGACUGGGAUGACCCAUGGGACCAGUUUGAUGAGCGGCGGUAUCUGAAUGCCAAGAAGUGGCGUGUCGGCGAUGAUCCCUAUAAGCUGUAUGCUUUCAACCAGCGGGAGAGCGAGCGGAUCGCCAGCAACCGGGUGGUCCCAGACACUCGCCUUUUCAGAUGCACCCUGCUGGUGUACGGCACUGACCUCCCUCCCACCAGUAUCAUCAUCACCUUCCACAACGAGGCCCGCUCCACGCUGCUCAGGACCGUCCGCAGCAUAUUAAACCGCACCCCUAUGAAUCUCAUCCAGGAAAUCAUAUUAGUGGAUGACUUCAGCAAUGACCCCGAAGACUGCAAACAGCUCAUCAAGCUGCCCAAGGUGAAGUGCUUACGCAAUAAUGAGCGGCAAGGUUUGGUGCGGUCCCGGAUCCGGGGUGCUGACAUUGCCCAGGGCACCACCCUGACUUUCCUCGACAGCCAUUGCGAGGUGAACAGGGACUGGCUCCAACCCCUGCUGCACAGGGUCAGAGAGGACUACACGCGGGUGGUGUGCCCCGUGAUUGAUAUCAUUCACCUGGACACCUUCAACUACAUUGAGUCGGCCUCGGAGCUCAGAGGGGGGUUUGACUGGAGCCUCCACUUCCAAUGGGAGCAGCUCACACCAGAGCAGAAGGCUCGACGCCUGGACCCCACUGAGCCCAUUAGGACUCCCAUCAUAGCUGGAGGGCUCUUCGUGAUGGACAAAUCCUGGUUUGACUACCUGGGGAAAUACGACACAGACAUGGACAUCUGGGGCGGGGAGAACUUCGAAAUCUCCUUCAGGGUAUGGAUGUGUGGGGGCAGCCUGGAGAUCGUCCCCUGCAGCCGAGUGGGCCAUGUCUUCCGGAAGAAGCACCCGUAUAUUUUCCCAGAUGGCAACGCCAACACGUAUAUAAAGAACACCAAGCGGACAGCUGAAGUGUGGAUGGAUGAAUACAAGCAGUACUACUAUGCUUCCCGGCCAUUCGCCCUGGAGAGGCCCUUUGGCAACAUCGAGAGCAGACGGAACCUGAGGAAGAACCUGCAAUGCCAGAGCUUCAAGUGGUACCUGGAGAAUGUCUACCCAGAACUCAGGGUACCCAAAGACUCUUCCAUCCAGAAGGGCAGUAUCCGACAGAGGCAGAAGUGCCUGGAGGCUCAGAAGCAGAAAGACCAGGAGAUCUCCAACCUCAAGUUAAGCCCCUGUGUCAAGACCGAAGGCAAGGAUGCCAAGUCCCAGAUCUGGGCCUUCACCUACACCCAGCAGAUCCUGCAGGAGGAGCUGUGCCUGUCAGUUAUCACCUUGUUCCCUGGCGCCCCGGUGGUUCUGGUCCUUUGCAAGAAUGGAGAUAAAAGACAGCAAUGGACCAAGACUGGCUCCCGCAUUGAGCACAUGGCGUCCCACCUCUGCCUCGACACAGACAUGUUUGGCGACGGUGCUGAGACUAGCAGGGAAGUUGUCGUCAAUCCAUGUGAGUCCUCACUCAUGAGCCAGCACUGGGACCUGGUGAGCUCUUGA